AUCGUAGUUGGCGUGUGUGGAUGUGAAGCAUCCAGACUGAACUUUUCUCAUCCUUCACCGACUCUUGGAUGUUUGUCAAAUGUCCGGCUUUCAGACUCUUUCAGUUUUUUCAGUGGAGGUCCAGCAGCUUUCAGUGAAGAAAGAAGAGGUUUCCCCUGAGCAGAAGAAGGAGAGCUCCAGUUUAAACCAGGAGAUCAGUGAGCCUCUGAAGGUUAAAGAUGAACCCGAGGAACUGUGGAGCAGUCAAGAAGGGGAAGCGCUUCGAGGUCAAGAGGAACAUAACCCAAUCAAAUUCUAUUUUGUUCCUGUCCCUGUGAAGUGUGAAGACGAUGAAGUGAAACCUCAGUCCUUACAGCUUCAUCCAAAACAAACCAAACAGAUAGAAUCAGGAGCAGAUGGAGCCGGCUGUGGAGGACCAGGAGCAUCUGCGUACAGUGAUCCAGGGAGAGCUUUACAACCAGAGAUUGAGGUCAAGAUUGAAGACCUUUCUGAAGCUGAGACUGAUGACAGCACUGAUUGGAGGGAGACAACAAAACACCAGUCAGGUUUAAAGUCAGAGAAAAAAGGCACAAGAAAGAGAGCAAAUUCUGAGAAGACAUUGCACAACUGCGCAUUGUGUAUCAGAAGAUUUAAGACUAAACAAGUUUUGCAUGAUCACAUGGUAGUUCAUGCCAAAGUACAGCCCUUCAGCUGCUCUCAGUGUGGUAAGGGAUUUACCCGAAAAGACAGUUUGACAAGACACAUGAGAACACAUUUAGGGGUAAAACCUUUCGGCUGUUCUGUGUGUGGUAAGAGAUUUACACAAAAAGGAAGUGUAGCUGUUCACAUGAGAACCCAUAAAGACGGGAAACCCUUCAGCUGUUCUGAGUGUGGUAAGGGAUUUUCCAGAAGAGACACUUUGUUAGUACACAAGAGAACUCACGAUGGGUUAAAACCAUUUGGCUGCUUAGUGUGUGGUAAGAGAUUUGCCUACAAAGGAUGUGUGACGGUACACAUGAGAACUCAUAAGAGAGUGAAACCCAUCAGCUGCUCUGAGUGUGGCAAAAACUUUGAAAAUAAAGAAAGUUUAGAUCAUCACAUGAUAGUUCAUACCAGAAACAAACCCUUCAGCUGCCCUGAAUGUGGUCAGAUAUUUACCCGAAAAGACAGUUUGACAAGACACAUAAGAACUCACACAGGGGUAAAACUUUUCGGCUGUUUUGUGUGUGAUCGGAGAUUUUCAGAAAAACAUAGUGUGUUGGCACAUUUGAGAACUCACAAGGGAGUGAAACCCUUCAGCUGCUGUGAGUGUGGCAAAAUUUUUCACAAUAAAGAAUAUUUAGACAAUCACAUGGUAGUUCAUACUGGAGAAAAACCCUUUUGCUGCUCUGUGUGUGGUCAGAGAUUUACCCAAAAAGGUAGUUUGACCUCACACAUGAAAAGUCACAGGGAUAAAGUUUUCUGCUCUCUGUGUGGCAAAAGAUUUAACCAUAAAUUAAGUCUGAUCAGACACAUGGAAAUUCAUACCAGAAAAAAACCCUUCAGCUGCUCUGAAUGUGGUAAAGGAUUUAAUUACAAAGAGGGUCUGAAAGUACACAUGAGAAUUCAUACAGGAGUAAAACCUUUUGGCUGCCCUGAGUGUGGUCGGAGAUUUACCCAGAGUGGAACUUUGACAGUACACAUGAGAAUUCACACAGGUGAGAAACCAUUUGUCUGCACUGAGUGUGGCCAAACAUUUACCCAUAAAUCAACUUUGACCACACACAUGGUAAGUCAUACCAGGGGAUAAAACCCUUCAACCGCUUUGCCGCUUUGAGUGUGUCAGCAUACUUAAGUUUAAGUAGUAUCCAAGAGCUCAUCUGACGAUUCACAGAGAAGAGAAACUCUUCUGUUGCUCUACAUAUGAUUAAACAUGUCACCAUAAAGUACGACUAGAUAUGAAAAUUCACACAGGAGAGAAACUCAUUAGUUGCUCUCUGUGUGGUAGAAGAUUUACAGAACCUCUGAUGCCUGGAGAGCUGAUUUAGUCAGCUGUAUUAUCCGACACAACGCUUGAGAAUUUUACAUACAUGAGAAACAUUCCUGUUGCUCUCUAUGUGGCAUUUAAUUUAAGAUGCUCUUUAAAAGUGUGAAGCCACUUCCAUUUUUGGAAGCAGAAUUUUAUUAUUCCUGGGGCCUUUUCUUUUCAUCAUCUACCUCCUUCCCCUUGGCAGUAUUUUCCGGAAAGUCAAUAUUCAUUUUCACUGCUUCGUGGAUGACACCCAGCUCUACCUAUCCAACUCUUCACUCCCAACUCCCUCCCUCACCAACUGAAAUAAAAUCCUGGUUCACUUCAACUUCCUUAAAUUAAACAGUGAUUAAACAGAAAUCCUCCUCAUCGGCACAAAACUACAUUAUCCAAAGCUGACAGUCUCUCCCUCACAAUCGACAGCCCCUCAGUCUCCCCCUCCCCUCAGGUUAAGAGUCUGGGUGUCAUGCUCGACAGCUCUCUAUCAUUCCAAACCCACAUCAAUAAUAUAACCCGGUCUGCAUAUUUCCAUCUAUGCAACAUCAAUCGCCUCCACCCCUCCCUUACCCCCCCCAAACUACUUCUUCUUCCUCUUUGGUCUCCCUCACAAAUCUCUUCAUAAACUUCAACUGGUUCAGAACUCAGCUGCUCGUAUCAUCACCAAAACUCCCUCAUUUCACCACAUCACCCCCGUCCUACAGCAUCUCCACUGGCUCCCAGUUAAAUUCAGAAUAAGGUUCAAAAUCCCUCUGUAUGUAUUCAAGGCCAUCCAUCCACCCCCCCCCCCCCCAUCACUCUGAUAUCCACAUAGCCAGCUCCUCCCGCUCCCUCAGAUCCUUCUCCUCCAUCCACCUCACCAUGCCCUCUGCCCAUCUCAGCACCAUGGGGUUUUCAGCCGCUCUGCUCCCUAACUCUGGAACUCACUCCCACCACAUGUCCAGAACAUUGGCUCUCUUCCUCUCUUCAAAUCUAGACUCAAAACCCACCUGUUCAGGAUUGCCUAUUCUUUGUUAUUACUUCAUCCCAUUCUAUACUGUCUUAGCUUUUAUCUGUUGUUUUAUUGUAGUGCUGUCAAACGAAAACUCCUUCCUGCAGAAUGUGCAUAAUACUUUAUGUCAGCCGACUGAUCUGUCUUGGGGUUUUUUGUACUGAACUUUCCCAUCAGGAGGGCCAGUGUGCUGUUUAGCGUCUUCCAUAUCGAGUUGGUUGGUCACUACCAGAUCAAUGGCCCAUUUGCCCAUGCUUUCUCGACGGUAACCCUACUUGGACAAACUGCACGAAAUGCGUUGCCAGAGACGUCUCAGGGAUUUUGAGUCAUUCUGCG